AUGUCGACGUUCGGCAACUACUUCAAGGUCACGACCUACGGCGAGUCCCACGGCAAGUCUGUCGGCGUCAUCGUCGACGGCGUGCCGCCCGGCUUGACCCUCACCGAGUCCGAUGUUCAGCCCCAGCUGAACCGCCGCCGCCCCGGCCAGAGCGCCCUCACCACCCCGCGAAACGAGAAGGACCGCGUUGUCAUCCAGAGCGGCACCGAGUUCGGCGUCACUUUGGGCACCCCGCUCGGCAUGAUCGUCCAGAACGAGGACCAGCGUCCCAAAGACUACGGCAACUCCACCAUGGACAUGUUCCCCCGCCCGUCUCAUGCCGACUGGACCUACCUCGAGAAGUACGGCGUCAAGGCCAGCUCCGGCGGAGGCCGCUCCUCCGCCCGCGAGACCAUCGCCCGUGUCGCCGCCGGCGCUGUCGCCGAGAAGUACCUCCGCGAGGCCUACGGCACAACAAUCACCGCCUUCACCACCAGCGUCGGCAACGUCCACCUCUUCCCCCCGACCCCCGAGCACCCGACCCCGUCCACGAACCCCGCCUUCCUCUCCCUCCUCAACACCAUCGACCGCAAGACCGUCGACGAGUUCCUCCCCGUCCGCUGCCCCCACGAGGAGACAAACGAGAAGAUGAUUGACUGCAUCAGCGACUUCAAGAAGCGCGAGGACAGCAUCGGCGGCACCGUCACCUGCGUCAUCCGCAACCCGCCCAUCGGCCUCGGCGAGCCCUGCUUCGACAAGCUCGAGGCCGAGCUGGCCCACGCCAUGAUGAGCAUCCCCGCCACCAAGGGCUUCGAGAUCGGUUCCGGCUUCGGCGGCUGCGAGAUCCCCGGCUCCACGCACAACGACGCCUUCGUCAAGACCCCCGAGAGCGAGAUCCAGGCCGAGGGCCAGCGCAUGGGUAUCCCGCGCUCCAAGCUGACCACCAAGACUAACUACUCCGGCGGCGUCCAGGGCGGCAUCUCCAACGGCGCGCCCAUCUACUUCCGCAUCGCCUUCAAGCCCCCCGCCACCAUCGGCCAGGACCAGACGACGGCGACCUACGACGGUGAGAGCGAGGGUGUCCUGGCCGCCAAGGGCCGUCAUGACCCCUGUGUUGUGCCCCGCGCUAUCCCCAUUGUCGAGGGUAUGGCGGCCAUUGUGCUGAUGGACGCGCUCAUGGCUCAGCACGCGAGACAGCUGACGAGGAGCCUGCUGCCGCCUGUCAAGAAGGAGAACGGAAAGGCGUAA